CGCGACAACAGCCGCCGUCAUUACGUAAUUUCCGGAGGCGCGAGGGUACCAUAGAUAUCACACCCGUUACAAAAUAACAUGAUGUACCUAUUGAGAAAGAAGCCCUUCAACUAUGCAUAAAACGUCAUACAAUUACAGAUUGCUGCCGUACUAAGUACUAAUACGUCGGAAUUAACACACAUAUCGCGGUUCAAUAAAUGUAUGGAUUGAUGCUGUAGUGACUCAAGAAAAGGAGAUGGCCACGACAGUAAGGAUUUGCUUCACAUAAGGCAUGUGGACAUCCUGCUGUAGCUGGCUCUGCGUAGAAACAAACGCCACCACAGUGGAAGGGAACGGCAACACAGGGAGACAGACCUACCUGAACUCGGGGUAUAAUCAUUCAACAACUGCCCCUGAGGUCUUGUGCAAAGCAUGUGGUGGCUGUUUCGGAACUUUAGCCAGGAAGCACGUCUGCGUGGACUGCAAGAAGAGCUUCUGCAGCAGAUGCUCUGUGCAGCUGGAGCUUCGGCCGCGGCUCUGCCUCACGUGCCUGCGUUUCCACGGCACCCUCUUUGACCGGGCGGCGCUCAUGAGGCUCAAGGUGAAGGACCUGAGGGACUACCUGCACCUGCACGAGGUCCCCACCCAGAUGUGCCGUGAGAAGGAGGAGCUGGUGGAGCUGGUGCUUGGCCAGCAGACACCCAGCAACAGCAGCAGCAGUGAAGCAAUGUCUCAGCCAAGCUCGACCCCACUAGAAGCUGCCCCCAGCCCCAUUCACCUGUCCACACCCCCUGACCCACCUUCGUCUAUGGACCUGGAGCCUCAUGGCCCCAGUGAUGACCAGGGUCUGUCUGUCCCGAUGACCUCCAGUCCAGAGGAGACGCCUGAUCAUGAGAUGGACACGGAGGUCCAAGAAGAACUGGAAUCUCAGUCUGACACAGAGGAGACCAUGCUUCCUGGUCGCAGAGCAUCCUUGGCCGACAUCAGCACCGUGGAAGACAUCGAGGCCCUGAGCGUGCGCCAGCUGAAGGAGAUCCUCGCCCGCAAUUUCGUCAGCUACACCGGCUGCUGUGAGAAGUGGGAGCUGAUGGAGAGGGUUACACGCCUCUAUAACAACCAGAAGGGUCUGCAGAAUCUAGACUCAGCUGGUCCCAAGAGUCUGGAGGAGAACUUGUGUAAAAUCUGCAUGGACUCCCCCAUCGACUGCGUGCUGCUAGAGUGCGGCCACAUGGUCACCUGCAGCAAGUGUGGCAAGCGCAUGAGCGAGUGCCCCAUCUGCAGGCAGUACGUGGUGCGGGCCGUGCACGUCUUCAGGUCCUGACGUGGCCACCAGGGAGACCCGCCAGAACUGGCAAAGCUGCAAGCAGGUGACGGGCAGACCUGCCACCUUGUUCUGUCCACAUCUCUGGGUGUCCGUUUCUCCUAAUACCACCACCCUCACCCCGAGCCACAUUAAUCACAAAGCACAAGUCUGUAAUUACACUAAUUUGCUGUAAAAAAUAUUGCGAUGCUAAUGUUUAAUUUAAUCUAAGUACACUUCAACAUUCGAGCUGGCAUGUGCGACUGUAUAGUGCUAAUUUUUAUUUUGUUUUCUAAAUACGCAAGGUACAGGGACACCCUGUUUCAUUGCUGCUAACUUGAACAGUACUGAAGCUAGUGAUAGAUCAGGGCAACAACACUGCAGAGGAAUUUUUAGCGAACAUAACAGGGGGAAGAAAUCUGCUAAGGAUACUGCUCCCUCGCUUAAAUUAAACCCAUGAAAACCUUUUGGUUGGCCAUCUCUGUGGCACUAGUUCGAUCAUCCCCGCUUAUGUUCAGCAGUCAGUUGAUUUUCUUCUGAAUAUUUUAUUCUGGGUUACUCAGCGCUGACUUUAUUGUUGCAGGUAGAAAAAUUGGUGCUUCCAUAAAACAUUUUAGUCUUUUCCAACAUCUACACUGCGAGGCAAAAAUCAGCCAGUGUUGAUCUUCCCAGUUCUGAACUGCAAAUGUUCCCUUAGCCGUGUUGCCUGGCUACCUAUCUAAAAAUCCGAGAUCAGUUACAUUUCACACUCAAGAUACCAGGCGUGACCACAAAGACAAACUAACAUGCACUGAAACACAGGCAGACUGUUGUCAUUGACAGAUGUAACGUGUAUAAUGUCAGUAAUUUAAGCACCUUGAAAAAGCUCUGCAGCCGUUGCCGCUUGAAUAAGGAAGCUGUCACUUGAGAUGUUGGUCUUAUCUCCGUUAGGGGCGAUUUCUACUUGUGGCUAAAUGUCAUCUCAAAGCCCACACCACCAUCACUGCCUUUGUAACAAGUGCCCUGAAGCUCAUUGAGUACUUAACUUUGUACGGUACAUCUGCCGACUGCCUGAGCCAACGUGUGCGAUCUCUUCUGAGGAGCAGAAUGAUUCUCAUUUAAUAACUCAUUUCUGGUACUUUUUACUAGUUCCAUAUAAUAUUUAAUAUAUUUGUUUUCUGCAAAAAAACAAUGUAUGCUGUAAUGAACAAUAUCUUUUCAGUUGUCUAGAAUUAUGUGUAAUCAGUGAUGCUUAUGCAAACAACACAUGGUAGCUUUGGUAUGAAUGGAUGAUACAUUGUAUUUAGCCUUUAAGCAGGCAAACUGGAAACUUUCUAAUAAGCAAUGUUGAGGCUCAGUUAAAUUAUUACUUUUUCAUUUUUUUUUUUUUGUGGUGUUUAUGCUUUUCAGCUUUUUACAGAAGGUGGCAGUCCUUGGUGUAUCUUGCUGCCUACAAAAUCGGUACACUAUGCUUAGUGGGGGCCUCGGACUCCCACGAAUGAAACGUGAUGAAUCAUAAUGAAGCUUUGGCAGUCUAACUGAAUGACGUAGCCUCUUACUUUUCAAUAAAUGUAUGACUGACGUUGACUUCACAAAACCAGCACAUUCAACCAAUCAAUACUCAGGAAUCGCUUCAGUGGAUGUGUGGGGGGAAAAAAUCAAACACUAACUUCUCUUGUGAUCCAACUGUGUGUCUUUUUUUAUUUUUCCAUCACAGAAGCUUCUUUAUACAGUUUUGUCAUGCAAAUUUCACAAACAAAUGGUACAUUUGUGUGUUUAGGUAGAACAUAGAAUAUUUCCUAGAAUAAAAUCUAGUUUCUGAAUUAACUUAGCAAUUUUCCAAAAAGUGGCUUUGGAAAGAGGUGUGUGUGGGAAUUUGGUCCAGGUGUGUGCAUGUUCUAACCCUAUCACGUAAGACACGUACUCAUUUACUUGGUAUCUUAAACUUGAAUAUCCAUGAUAGCCUUUAGACAUAAUUUUCGAGACCGAUGAUUUAAUACGUUAUCUAGAUAAUUGUUGAUCAUUGGAAAAGGUGUGAAAUGUGGAAAGUUGAACCACACAAAGUUAAAGGAACAAGAGGCCCCUGGUCGCUAUAAAUCUUAAAAUUACAACUGAAACUCAGAGUCUGGUUUGCUCACUGAGGGAUUCAAGAGCUCCUCAGAAACUAAAUAAAUGCGAGAGCCAAAUGUCUUUAAGUCAUAAUCCAAGGUGAAGGCUCUUUCCUGUAAGAGAAUUUCCUUGGAAGGAAGACAUAAAUAUGUACAAUAUUCAUCAGUGGUAAAUUUUAAUCUGUUUAUAUACUGAUUUUAUUUUUGUAUUUAAAUUAUGUUGAAGCAGUCUGACCUGUUUUUUUGAGGAUUCUGUGCAAAUGUUUGUUCUUAAUGCUUCAGAAAUAUAUGGUACAAUGAUGCAAAACCAAUGACUGCAAAACACUAAUAAAAAAGUUUGAUAAAAAUAUG